AUGUUACCUGGCAGUCACACAAAAUUCAUUUCUGCUUGUAGCAGGCUGACUGAGAACUAUCAGCAUGUCCUGGUUUUGGCUUUUGCUGUAAAAGAGAUCAAUCAAAAUUCCCUUAUCUUAUCCAAUAUUACAAUGGGAUUCAAUAUUUAUGACAGCUGUCUGAAUGCAUGGUGGGCCAAUCGUGCCACAAUGGAGCUUAUUUCUUCACAGGAUAAAAUUGUCCCUAACUACAAAUGCAGCAUCCAGGACAAUCUGCUGGCAGUCAUUGAGGAUCUGACUUCUUACUUCUCAGAUGAAAUACAAAAUGUUUUUGGUAUCUAUAAGAUUCCACAGCUCAUGUAUGCCACUUCUUCAAUUGAAAUAAAAGAUAGCAAUCCUCUGUCCAUCCGUCAGAUGGUUCCAAAUGGGGCCUAUCAGUACAGAGGGAUUAUCCAGUUACUACAGCAUUUUAAGUGGAGUUGGAUUGGGUUCUUUGCUGCAAAUGGGGAGAUUAUGGAGUGGUUCAUGAAGAAAAUGCUUCCACAAUUUUCUAAGAGUGGCAUCUGUUUUGCUGUCAUGGAAUCAUUCACCAGUAUUUCUUAUGAUGCUGACAAGGGAGGCUUCAUGAAAACUUCAGCAGAGUUUUAUGAAAAAGUCAUGAACAACAAAGCCAAUGUUUUGGUCUUUUAUGGAGAAACACGCACAAUGGUGCCACUGAGAUGGUUGUUUCAUUAUGAAUUCAGACAAACAAUGCAAAAGCCAAAAGGCAAAGUUUGGCUUCUGGCAGCAGGAAUGGAGUUGAAAAAUAUUGCCAAUAGGAAAAGCUGGGACACACAAGACUUCCAUGGUGCUAUAUCUUUUACAGUUCAUUCCAAUGAAAUCCCAGGAUUUCAACAAUUCCUUCAAAACAGAACCCCUUCCAGUUCUAAGGAAGAUGGUUUCAUUAAAGACUUUUGGACCCAGGCAUUUGGCUGUACUUUUCAGGAUUCGGUUCAGGACAAUGUGGGUGGAAAUAUCUGCACUGGAAAAGAGAAGCUGGAGUACCUUCCUGAGUAUGUAUUCCCAAAGAGUGUAACAGGUCAGAGUUACAGCAUUUACAAUGCUGUCUAUGCUCUGGCUUAUGCUUUACAUGCCAUGUAUUCAUCCAGACCCAAAAGCAAAGCAAAGAUGAGAAUAGAAAAAAGAGAGCAUCAUGAUCAUCUGGUAUGGCAGCUCCAUUCCUUUCUGAAGUCUGUCUCAUUCAAUAACAGUGCUGGGGAAAAAGUUCACUUUGAUGACAAUGGGGAGCUUAUUGCAGGAUUUGACAUCAUAAAUUGGGUCACAUUUCCAAAUGAAUCUUUCAUUGGAGUGAAAGUUGGGAAGAUGGAUCCAUGGGUUCCUUCAGAUGAAGCAUUCAGUAUUAAUGAAGAUACCAUAGUGUGGCAUCAUUGGUUUAAUCAGGUACAGCCCAUCUCUGUAUGUAAUCCAAGCUGCCAACCUGGCUACAGGAAGAAGAAGGUGGAAGGAAAGCCCUCUUGUUGCUAUGACUGCAUUCCAUGUCCCAAAGGAUGGAUAUCUGCCAAAGAAGAUUUAAGUGACUGUUUCAGAUGCCCAGAUGAUCAGUAUUCAAAUAUGGGCCAGAAUUCAUGUAUUCCCAAGACUAUAACAUUCUUAUCAUAUGAAGAACCUCUGGGCAUAAGUUUUGCCAUUUGUUCUCUUUCAUUUUCUUUGAUCGUGGCUAUGAUGUUAAGAUUGUUUAUGAAGCAUCAUGAUACUCCCAUAGUGAAAGCCAACAACCGGGAUCUCACCUACACUCUUCUCAUCUUGCUCCUCCUCUGUUUCCUUUGCGCAUUGCUCUUCAUUGGUCAGCCUGAAAAAACAGCAUGUCUUUUUCGUCAAACUGCCUUCAGCAUAAUCUUCACAAUGGCUGUUUCCACUGUAUUGGCAAAGACUAUCACAGUGGUAUUAGCUUUCAUGGCCACACAACCAGGAUCCAGGAUUAAGAAAUGGAUGGGGAGAAAACUGACUGGCUCCAUUGUUUUUUCUUGCUCCGUAAUCCAAGCAGGCAUUUGUCUUUUGUGGCUAGCAACCUCUCCCCCUUUUCCAGAGAUUGACAUGCAUUCAGUGACAGAAGAAAUUGUUUUGCAAUGCAAUGAGUCAUCAUCUGUAAUGUUUUUCUGUGUUCUGGGCUACAUGGGCUUUCUGGCCAUUGCCAGCUUCACUGUGGCUUUUUUAGCUCGGAAGCUCCCAGACACAUUCAAUGAAGCCAAAUGCAUCACUUUCAGCAUGUUGGUGUUUUGCAGUGUUUGGAUGACCUUUGUUCCAAGCUACUUGAGCAGUAAGGGAAAGUCUAUGGCAGCUGUGGAAAUCUUCUCUAUCUUAGCCUCCAGUGCCGGAUUGCUGUGUUUCCUCUUUUUCCCCAAAUGCUACAUUAUUUUGUUGAGGCCUGAAGUGAACAAAAAAGAGUUCUUCUUAAAGAAAAAGCACUGA